AUGGACAUCAUCGAGUCCUCGAAGAGGCUGGCUGCGUACACGGCGGUGGACAACCACGUCAAACCCGAACACAAGGUCAUCGGGAUCGGUUCUGGCUCAACAGUGCCGUAUGUGGUGGAGCGGAUUGUUCAGCAAGGUGUAGAGGCGAAUAAGGGUCGUGUGUUUAUUCCGACUGGUUUCCAGUCAAAGGAGUUGAUAGUCUCAUCAGGCUUAGGUCUUGGAGAUGUCGAUCAAUACCCUACGAUAGACGUGACGCUGGAUGGUGCUGAUGAAGUGGAUUCACAACUGAACUGCGUCAAAGGAGGGGGCGCUUGCCAUUUACGCGAAAAAGUGUUAGCUGAGGCUGCCAGAACCUUCAUUCUCGUUGCAGAUUACCGAAAAAACGUGCAAUACCUGGGAACGAAUUUCCUUCAAGGGGUACCAAUUGAAGUGGUACCAUUUGCUUAUGCGAAAGUCCUCCAAAAUCUGCAUCAGGUGCUGGGAUCACCGAAGGCUACGUUGAGGAUGGCAGUGAAGAAGGCUGGUCCUGUCGUUUCAGACAACGGAAAUUUCAUCAUCGACGCACCAUUCGAUCGUGAAAAGAUGAUUGACCCUUUCACUAUCAUGGCGCAAAUCAAGAUGUUAACGGGCGUAGUGGAGGUUGGUUUGUUCUGCCGUAUGGCCAAGGCGGCAUACUUUGGGAAUGAGGACGGCACUGUAACAGUCAGAUGGGACGAUGGAAAAAUAGACCAAGUAGCAGCGCCGGUUUAG